AUGAGGAAUAUGGAGUUUUUCUCCGGUUGGGGGUGUACACCCAAGGCGUCCUCUCAUGCGAAGGCUUAUUCGUUGUGUGGGCCGCUUUCUCCUAUCCCCAAUGCUCGCGCAGGCAAAUCUGGACGCAGCAACGGGGAGGAGGACGAGGAGGAGGGAGCCAUCCCUGCCAAAGCACUCCUUACGUUUCGAAAUGUUGUCGGGAUGGUCGCCAUAGCACGUGACACCGGACCGGACGGGGGUGGUUCCGUCGGAGGGAGCGGCAGCAACGCGGAGCGCAAGGGCCCACACUGCAUGAUGCGGCUCGUUGGGAUCCUGUGCGAAGACGCCAUCCGCCCACUUCUCAUAGAGAGCCGCUUGCAGGCGACCCGGCAGGACCUGCACACGUCAUCAGUCGGGCCGCGGAACGAUAUGUGGACAGAGGUCACCACGCGCUUCCGAGACCCUGACCACCAGGUACACGGUCAUGGGUAGGGGAUUGAUUAGGACGGAUCGGCCGAGAACGUUGUACAUAGACAGCAGUCGAUAUGUAUGUUGACACGCAUGCCUUUUUUUUGUGGUCAUUUUAGCCAUCGUACUCAACACCUCAUGACGUCCACGGACGAUCGCCAUUGUUUUAGGUAAAAACCCAUGAGGUAUCCACCCCCAAGAGCGGGUCAACCUGCUGUUGACGUACACCGGUAACUUAUGGUGUUGUUGCUGACGCCGACGCCGAUCAUACUGCUGUAGUUGCUUCGAA